GGCGUCAUGGCGGCGCUGUGUCGGACUCGUGCCUUGGCCGCCGGGAGCCAUUUUCUACGAAUGUUUCUCUUCUCCAGGCCCUUUCGAGGAGUAGGCACUGAACAUGGCUCCGAGAGCUGGAGUUCCCAUUCCUCAGACUCAAAAACUGGCCCAGGCGGCUUCGCGAGCGCAUUGGAACGGCACUCGGAGCUGCAGAGGAAGGCGGAGCUCGGGCGGGAAUCUCCAAAAAAUGUGGAAUCCUUCGCAUCCAUGCUGAGACGCUCUCCUCUCACACAGAUGGGCCCUGCCAAGGACAAAGUGGUCAUUGGAAGAAUCUUUCAUAUUGUAGAGAAUGAUCUUUACAUAGAUUUUGGUGGCAAGUUUCAUUGCGUAUGUAAAAGACCAGAAGUGGAUGGCGAGAAAUACCAGAAAGGCACCAAGGUCCGGCUGCGGCUCUUAGAUCUUGAGCUCACAUCUAGGUUCCUGGGAGCAACCACAGAUACAACUAUACUGGAGGCUGAUGCGGUCCUCUUAGGACUCCAGGAGAACAGAGACUCAAAGUCAAAAAAGGAGCAUCCUGAGAAGUAAAUGAACUUGCAUAUUGUUGAACUCAGAUAAUCAUCAGGAAUGUAAUUAGAAAAUUGUGAAUA